GGGAAAAGUGUUGCAACAUGGCAGCUGAAAUUAAGGAUUCGCUACCACCCGGUGUUGACCCUAAUAACACAAUGAAAUUACAAUUACUUAGAAAAAUUGAUAGUUGUGAGGAUAAUAUAAAUAUGGCUAUUUUGAUUCAAAAUGAAGAUGGAUUGAUUAGCAUCUCCGAUGACAAAACAAUUCGAAUAUGGUUAAAAAGAGAUACUGGUCAAUAUUGGCCUAGCAUUUGUCACAAUUUACCUGCAAUACCAACUUGCCUGGAAUAUGAACACGUUACUCAUAAAUUAUUUAUUGGAAUGGAAAAUGGAACAAUAAGCGAGUACAAAGUUUCAGAGGACUAUAAUAGUUUAAAACAGGAACGUGACUAUCUUGCUCAUAUACUCAAAGUCACGAGUGUUCAAUUUAGUCCUACUGAUAAUUGGUUGUUAAGCUGCUCCAGAGAUAAAAACUUUCAAUGGCAUUGCACUCAAACUGGAAGAAGACUGGGUGGCUAUGUUACGAACGCUUGGUGUACUUGUUUACAGUAUGAUACACAAGCAAAGUAUGCAUUCGUUGGCGAUUACGCUGGAAACGUCUCUCUACUAAAACUAACAAGUAAUGAAGGCUUAGAAUUGGUUACAACUCUAAAAGGCCAUUCUGGAAGUAUAUGUUGCCUAUGUUGGGAUUCGCAGAAGCAGCUGUUAUUUUCUGGUAGCUUUGAUCAAAGUAUAGUCGUAUGGGAUAUUGGAGGUCAGAAAGGUACCGCCUUCGAACUUCAAGGUCACAGAGAAAAAGUUCAAUCUGUUGUUUACAUUCCUGAAUCUAAAGUAUUAGUCUCUGCAAGCGAUGAUUGUACAAUUGGUAUUUGGGAUUUAAAAGUUCAAAGAAAUGAAUGUCCAGAAUGGGCUGAAAGUAAUGACUGCCAAAAAUGCGAUCGACCUUUCUUUUGGAAUUUCAAAUCAAUGUGGCAACAAAAAACCUUAGGUGGACGCCAGCAUCAUUGCAGAAAAUGUGGUCUUGCCUUUUGUGACAGCUGCAGCACUAGAAGAACAACAAUACCGUUGUUAGGAUUCGAAUACGCUGUUAGAAUAUGCGAUAGGUGCGACGAGUCAAUAUCUGAUAGUGAUAAAAAACCAUUAGCCUUCUUUCACGAUUCGAGACAUCAUAUAGUAAAUGCAAGCUAUUCAAGUAGAACAAAGAUGCUCCUUACUGUGGGAAAAGACAAAAUAAUGAAGUUAUGGGAUAUGAAACCAGUUUUGAAUUAA